ACAAAUAUUUGCAAAAUGUACACAAAUGUUCAAAAAUACAAAUAGCAAUAGCAUUAGCAGAUUAAAACAACUGGAAUAAUUUAUGUAUGCUUGUUUUAAUUCUUAUUUGUAUUAAUCUAUCUAAGGAUCCAUUUAAGAUAAUUAAAUAUGCAUGUAGCACUUUACUAGUGAAGUAGUAAUAUAAUGUUUUUCUAUUUCUUUUCAAGCUCACCACACAGUUUGGACCUCCAGAAGCUGCAAUUUCCACCAUCUCUCACCAUUAGCAUCCUUAGUUGGAAUGCAACAACUAGAGGUUGCCCAUACUUUUGAGUUUGUGGUUUUUAUAGGUUGGUGUGCUUCAAUCUAAAUAGAGUGACAUCGAAUCCUGUUUGCACUGAUAUUUUUUUAAAAAAUUGUGUGGGUACGGCUGCAUACUACCAAAACAACGUUUAAACGUUUCAAACAGACAAACAGCAUAGUGUAAUGGUGUUUUAAUAAUAGAAUACAGUACCGCUGAGUUGAAAGGGUGGUAUAAUACACGGGAGGCUAUCUGCAUUAAUUACAGUACCACGAAGCAAACCGGUAAGAUGCGAUUGCAAAAGGCUCUCACCAACCUGAUCAAAUAACAAAAGGAGGAGGAAGUGGCGGGUCGGGAGGUGCCGCCUCUCGAUUUCUUGGCAGGCAUGCGCUUCAUGUGCGCAUGCGCCCUUAGAUGACAACAAAAGGACGGUGAGGGUUGGGAGCGGGAGGGUCGCUUCUUUCUCUUCUUCGUUACCUGAUGGCUGCUGCGUUGUUGGUGACGCUGUACGAGUACUCCCCGCUGUUCUACAUCGCCUUGGUGUUCGUCUGCUUCUUGGUAACCAGCGGCCUCAUAAUGGGCUGGUUUGGAUGGGAUGUUCCUGUGAUUCUGAGGAAUUCAGAAGAAACUGAAUCAAGUGUGAAAGUGUCUCAGAAACAGAUGCGGCAAGUGAAAAAUCCAUUCAGUUUAGAAAUCAAAAACCCAGAAACUGCUUCAGCUUUAAAUGGCAUUACCCUGGUGUCUAAUUGCCUGGAAGACUCUCUCCUUUCAUGCUAUUGGGGCUGCAGCGUGCAAAAGGUCCAUGAUGCUCUGCAGAAGCAUGCCUACAGCAUUCGAAUAAAAACUCCCCAGUCUUUUGAGGAUGCAAUGUGUCAUGAGUAUCUCUAUUGUCAACAGUAUUGUAUAAAGAAGACAGAAGAAGAGGAAAAGCAUAGCCGGUUACCAGAAGAGGCAGACACCAAUGAUUUUGGUCUAGUGCCUAGAUCUCAGUACCCAUUAGUGGUACUGUUAACCCUUGCUGAUGAAGACAACAGAGAAAUCUAUGACAUUAUUUCAAUGGUAUCGAUAAUACAUAUUCCAGAUGCCAGUUACAGGCUUUCCUGCCGGAUACUGUAUCAAUAUCUCCUUUUGGCCCAAGGUCAAUUUCAUGAUCUAAAGCAAUUGUUCAUGUCUGCCAGCAACAAUGCAUCCUCUCUAAGUGACUCUUUCUCCAAUGAAAGGACUGAAGACCACGUCCUGCUUGAAAAGGCUGGCCUGGUGGAGACUGAGUCAGAAGUGCUGGAAGAGAGCAGCAAGGACUGCAUCGUCUGCCAAAACCGAGCUGUCAAUUGGGUGCUUCUUCCUUGCCGACACACCUGCCUAUGCGAUGAAUGCGUGAAGUAUUUCCAACAAUGCCCUAUGUGCCGGCAGUUUGUGAGAGAAUCAUUUCCAUUAUGCAGCUAGAGAAAGUGACCCUUGCAAAAGAGGAUCCUGUGUAUUAUACUUAUUCAGGAACUCUGUGGCAAAGAAUUGAUAAACCUUUCAGCUGUUGGUUUUGCAACAGCAUCUUUGACCUCACAUUUCCUUCUACUUGAAUGAUGUUUGGUGCCUGGAAAAACUCGGAAGCAGCAUUUUUAUUUUCCUUAACCAGGCACUUGGAAGCAUCACUGUGAAGGCCAAUGACAUAGGAGCCUCAAUUUAAUCUUCAGGAAUGGGACAAAGGGGGAAGAACUUUAGGCAACAGAAGCAAUGCACUGAACAAUGAAGGACAUAAUUACGGGGGG